CAACUAUCGAGUGCGUAUGCCGGGACGGCGGAAGAAGACAAGGAUCUUCCACGUGAACAUGCUCCAGAAGUGGAAUGCCCCAGUAUGCAGUGGGUUUUGUAACGAGCUCCUUUGGCUCGUGGAAGUCUAUCCGGCGCUUGCAGCUUGGCCAAGAGGUGUAUUAGGUUGAUCAGCAAUGGCGACUACAAAAUCACACGAGGGCCCACACAUACAC